GAGCUCGAGCUGAGCUCUGGCUCUACGUCAUCGCCCCAAAGUGCCAUAGAGUGGGCGGGCCAUCUCGAUCGGGGAUGAGCUUUAAACAUGAGAGCAUAACCUUAGGGUUGUGUUCUCUAUCAUAACAGUCCGUUUCGAUCUCAAAAAGCGCUUCCAGCUGCGGGGGUGUAUGAGGAGCAUCAGAAUAAAGAGUUUUACCUCGAUCAGGUAGCGAAGGAGGUGAAAGAAGAAGUGGAAGAGGGGGGCUGUGGUUGGAUUUAGUGAAAGAAAACAAUAUGGCCGCGGUGGAGCUGGAAUGGAUCCCUGAGACCCUGUACAACACCGCUAUCUCGGCCGUGGUCGACAACUAUGGCCGAUCGCGACGUGACAUCCGCUCUCUACCUGAAAAUAUACAGUUUGAUGUGUACUACAAGCUUUACCAGCAAGGCCGUCUCUGCCAGCUGGGAGGGGAGUUCUGUGAGCUGGAGGUCUUCGCUAAAGUCCUCCGGGCCUCUGACAAAAGGCACCUCCUACACCACUGCUUCCAGGCUCUGAUGGACCACGGUGUAAAGGUCGCUUCAGUCCUGGCCAACUCUUUCAGCCGCCGAUGUUCAUACAUCGCAGAGUCCGACGCGCAUGUGAAAGAGAAAGCUAUACAGUUCGGCUUUGUUUUAGGUGGCUUUUUAUCAGAUGCCGGCUGGUACGGAGAUGCAGAGAAAGUCUUCCUGUCUUGCCUCCAGCUGUGCACGUUACACGAUGAGGUUCUUCACUGGUAUCGUGCGGUGGAGUGUUGUGUGAGGUUGCUCCAUGUGCGUAAUGGCAACUGCAAAUACCACCUGGGAGAAGAAACUUUCAAACUGGCCCAGUCUUACAUGGACAAACUAGCCAAACACGGCCAUCAGGCUAAUAAGGCUGCCCUGUAUGGAGAACUGUGUGCCCUGCUCUUUGCCAAAAGCCACUAUGAUGAGGCUUAUAGGUGGUGUAUAGAGGCUAUGAGGGAGAUCACCGUUGGCUUACCUGUGAAAGUAGUAGUUGAUGUUCUCAGACAAGCCUCUAAGGCAUGUGUUGUUAAGCGGGAGUUCAGGAAAGCUGAACAACUGAUAAAACAUGCCGUCUUCUUGGCGCGGGAACAUUUUGGGCACAAGCACCCGAAAUACUCCGAUACACUACUAGAUUAUGGAUUUUAUCUAUUAAAUGUGGAUAAUAUCUGUCAGUCAGUGGCCAUUUACCAGACUGCACUAGAUAUUCGGCAGUCAGUGUUUGGAGGGAAGAAUAUUCAUGUUGCAACUGCACAUGAGGACCUGGCGUAUUCGUCCUACGUCCAUCAGUACAGCUCGGGUAAAUUCGACAAUGCACUAUUCCACGCAGAACGUGCCAUAGACAUCAUAACUCACAUUCUCCCUGAAGACCAUCUGCUGCUGGCCUCAUCCAAGAGGGUGAAAGCCCUAAUCCUGGAGGAGAUCGCCAUUGAUUGCCAUAACAAAGAAACCGAGGAACGCCUCCUACAGGAGGCUCAUGAUCUGCACCUCUCCUCCCUGCAGUUGGCCAAAAAAGCUUUCGGAGAGUUCAACGUUCAGACGGCAAAACACUACGGGAACCUGGGCCGCCUCUAUCAAUCCAUGCGCAAAUUCAAGGAGGCAGAGGAGAUGCACAUCAAGGCCAUUCAGAUCAAGGAGCAACUGUUGGGACAGGAGGACUAUGAGGUGGCUCUGUCAGUGGGACACUUGGCCUCGCUCUACAACUACGACAUGAAUCAGUAUGAUGAUGCAGAGCGUCUGUACUUGCGUUCCAUCGCUAUUGGCAAGAAACUGUUCGGGGAGGGUUACAGUGGACUGGAAUAUGACUACAGAGGCCUGAUAAAACUGUACAACUCGGUUGGAAACUACGAGAAGGUCUUUGAAUACCACAAUAUUCUGUCCAACUGGAACCGUUUAAGAGACAGGCAGUUUGCAGUAGCCGAUGCGCUGGAGGACGUCAACACGAGCCCCCAGGCCACAGACCAGGUGGUCCAGUCUUUCCUGCUUUCCCAGAGCCACGGAGCCGGGCGUCCCUGCUUGGGCUAACGGCCUGGAAGCCCACAUAAAAACCUAGAUGUGCACACCCACCUCCAUUUCACACCCUCACACCCAGUUAUUCACAAGUAGUCCAGGCGGGCAGGGAGUGUGAUUAUUAACUUACAAUAAUUCACUUGUACCAGCAACUCCCCAAGGCCGUUUCCUUAAAAUGGGAGAAAAACCAUGACAUCUUUGCGACCAUGAUAACACUCAUGAUGGAAAAGCAACCAUUCGUCGAAUUCAUUCACUCUCCUUUGACGAACCCGACCAUUUCUUGAAUAAAAAAAAAAACAGCGCAGUCCGACAAAGACGGAAAACUUCCACACUCUCUAUUCUUUUUUUUACAUUUUAUUUUGUAUCUGAAGGAGAGUCGCUCCACACUACAGGAAUAUUCUGUUUAUCGCCACAUUGCCGGUUUGUGGAGGCAGUUGUCGAAAUCGUUCAUAUAACCGAGUGAAGGACCAUCCGUGUCCCCAUUAACACAAGGAUUAGAGCUUGACUUCAUGUGAUGCAAAGCUUUGCAUUUGAGGAUUACCUGUGUGCUCUCUGGAAAAUGAGACCAGCCAUGUUACAUUAUGGACCAUUAUGUUUAUUUUUGCUUUUUUUUAAUUAUUAUUAAGAAUUCAUGUCACGUGUGGAGUUUACGGACCAGUGAGUUUAUGAUUGCUCUAGAUACCUGGUUUUAACUUUCUCUUCUGGUUUUGUAUUCCCUUAGUACUGACAUAGCUUAUUUUAAACUGCCAAUAAUUUAUAUGCAAGGUAUGCUACAACUUGUAGGUGUAACGUUGCAAAUGGAUGAGCCAAAAUAAUUUCUUUUCAUAAUAAUAAUAAUAAUAAUACAUGUGCGACCAUAGCUAAUUGCCAUAAUAUUAACUAAACCAAGUGGGAGGAUGAGUUCACAAAGCUGGCUUUCUGUCACAGCGGAGCCUUAUUCACGCACACACACACACACACACAAGUACACACACAUGAUAUAAGCUGAAGUAGUGAUUGUUAUGAGACCAGGUUUCCCAGGUCAUUGUUGUUUUCCUUUCAGAGCUGGGCCCCGGGCGGCGUAGAUUAACACCCCUGGCCCACUGCCAGCUGACUGGACACACAGAGAAAAGGGCUGAGCACAGCACCUGUCAUUGUGAGAAGGCUCCCCUGCUAGGGAACCUGUGGUACAGAGCACAGGGGUGUGAAUCCGCGCACCAUUGUGUAGCAGCUGUGCAAUAUUUGCUGAAUGCACCUGUACCACUCCAAAUCCAAUCAGUCUGACUCAUUCCACUGCCGCUCCACUCUCGAUCCAUAUCCAAAACACACAGACUCCCAACCACGUUGACAGGAAGAGCGUUUUAAGUUUGAAUGAGGACCAUUCAGAUUAAAUUGGCAUCCAUUUGUCACACCUUCAUGGUGAACUCCUUGCUGAAACAAAGCCUUGCUGCGGUCCAGUCAUGUAGAAUGUGCUUUUAGUGUCUCGGCACAUUUUAGCUCCUAGCCAGCAGCACCUGGACCCCAGAUCGAGCUGAAGUCCCAGCCUUAGUCUUAAAGGACUCUCAGCUGGCUGGGAUCUGCUUUGUCAGCUGUUUCUUUUUGAGUAGCUUGCUUUGAACGAAACCUCCACCUGCAGCUUUUCAAACACCUUAAGCCCAGUAAACAGAGCAGUAGAUUCGCGCAUUGUGACUCCCUACAAAUCCCUUUAUUGUUAUGUUUGAGGUUUCAUAGUGAAGAAUAAGGUGGUCUUAAAAAAAGAAAGUCCAGCUAAAAUUACAUUUCUGUCAUAAUUUGCUCAGCCUCAUGUCAUUCCAAACCUGUAUGCAUUUUUUUUUUUGUGUGCUGUGGAACUUAGAUAUUUUGAAGAAUGUUGAUAACUGAACCGUUUUGAUUUCCAUUGACUUCCACCGUAUGGACAAAAGUAAAUGGGAACUGUAAAUAUUUAUUUUAUGUUUCACAGAAGAGUGAAAGUCAUACAGGUUUGGAAAGACAUGAGCUUGAGGAAAUGAUAGAAUAUUCAUUAUUGGGUGGACUAUUCCUUUAAUAUACCAGACUUGAGGCAGCAAGGUAAGGACAGGAAUUUGCCUUGGUUAGAGAGAUGGAAUAUUCUAACAAAUAAACUGUGAUCUUGCAAACUUUGUAAGUGCAUUUCCAUUGACUGUGUGCUGUAAAUGGUUCCCAUAUCAGAUGAUGAGUUUAGGAAUAUGAACAUCAAAUGUGAAAAUAAUGCACACGGGAAACAAGUGAGCUUGGUGGAUGCUGAAUGAAUUUAUAAUGUAGCUCGGAUUGCUUCCUUAUGAAUGUGGAUUCAAGGGCUUAUCUAUCAACCUCGAAGUGGCGUUUCAUGGUUCGAGAGAUGGUUGAUCACCGUUGAUCAAAUCCAAACCGCUUCUCCAUCUGAACAGGCCACAGUUCCCCCCCAAAAAUCAAAGGUGCUUCUGGGUCAAACAUUCUCUAUUUUUGCAUGUUUAAGUAAAUGUAUAUAGAUGUAGAUGCAUAGCUACAAGUGGUUAUUGUCCCAGUGGUGAGCUCCAUAGUGACAGAAAAUUAAAAUUUACACUGAGCAGUUAAUAAAUGUCCCAUGAAAUAAGAGAGAGAAAAAAAAGAAUGCACUUGGCAACUCUGAAGUGUUAAACCGAUCACAGAAAUUAAUAAAUAGCAUCCUCUGACAAUAAAAGCAAUCCCGUCACUUCAACUUUUCUUUGAAAUCUGCCCUCAGAGAGUUGGAGAAUGUAAUUAAAGGUUGAUAACUGAUGCAUUUGGGGCCUUUUAUAUGCUAGUUAUCUUUAUGAAGUCCUCAGACGUGAUUUAGCCAAAGUGCUGUUUCAGAUGGACGAUGGCGAUCCUUGAACUAACAACCUAUGAGUGGACGUGAUCUCUUAGGACCUUCUUUUAUUGUCUAUAUUCAUUGGAGAAGAGAAGAGUUUUUGAUCAAAUCCAGUGACUCAGAGGAAAAUGGUGUAUUUAACAUUGAAACUGACUGUUACCCUGGAAGUGUGAGUAACCUGUGCCACAGUGAGCCUCUGCUUGGACACUCUUCAGUCAUUGGCUUUAUGUAACGCACCCUCAGUAGAGUCUUCUGUACACUGUACAUCUGUAACCACCAAAUCAUUAUUAAACUCAUUUGUAUCCACUAUUGUGAAAAUCUGUAACUACUUCUAACACAAAAAAAACAACAUAGAGCUGUCUAAUAGACUAUAAUGAGCAAUACUGCUUCUGAAGUAUUAAAGUUGCUUUAUUUUUUGCCUUUAAAUGAUUAUUCCUAACCUGUUCCUGAAGCCAGUGUGAUAUGUUGAGUCUAUGAUUUGUAUGACUGCAACGGGAUCCUACAAAAACCACUCUUUUGGAUGGAUUGGUGACUAAACAAAAAAAUUAAGAAUAAAAGACUGUACUCAA